UUGAGCCCGCCACAGCAGCCUGUUGCCUAGAACGCCAUCUACCGACAAUGCCUGUGAGUCAGUAAAGUCCUCACUUUCUACCUCAACGAUCGGUGUUUGAUAAUAAUGAGGCAAUGGAUUGAGAAUUUUCAUUUUCACAUCAACUCACAUCAGUUCUGGUCCAAAGCAGAUUUUCUACAUCUCCCAGUUACAGACUUGAAAAUGUUCUGCUUUCCUAGGCUGCCAGAAUAAAUUUGUGCUGUUCUGGCAUUGUGUCAAAUUGAAGUCAUGUCAAAAUCCAGCAAGAGCGAGUGUGUGAAGGUAGUGGUGAGAUGUCGGCUGAAUGAGAAGGAAAUAAGUGAUGGGCAUCAAAGGGUUGUGGACAUAGAUGUCAAGAAAGGAGUUAUUGACGUCCGAAACCUAGGGUCAGGCAGGAGAACCACCAAAACAUUUACUUUUGAUGCAGUGUACGACUGGAACUCUAAGCAGCAGGAUUUGUAUGAUGAAACUGUGCAAGACCUGGUAGACUCUGUGCUCCAGGGUUUUAAUGCCAUCUUUGCAUAUGGGCAGACAGGCACCGGAAAAACAUUCACAAUGCAAGGUGUCAAGGGUAAUCAAGAGUUAUGGGGUGUGAUUCCCCGUUCGUCUUGAGCAGGUCUCUUUGGUCACAUUUCCCGUUCUGAAAAUCAGCAGUACUUAGUGAGGGCGUCAUACCUAGAGAUAUACCAGGAAGAAAUCAGGGACUUGCUGUCUAAGGACCAAAGCAAACGUCUAGAGCUCAAGGAACGUCCAGACACGGGAGUUUAUGUAAAGGACUUGUCUUCUUUUGUGACUAAAAGUGUGCGUGAGAUCGAACAUGUGAUGAAUGUUGGGAACCAGAACAGAUCAGUUGGGGCCACAAACAUGAAUGAACACAGUUCACGCUCUCAUGCCAUUUUUAUCAUCACAGUUGAAUGUAGUGAGGUUGGGGCAGAUGGAGAGAAUCACAUUCGUGUUGGCAAACUGAACAUGGUGGACCUGGCAGGAAGUGAGCGACAAGCAAAGACUGGGGCCACUGGUGACAGAUUCAAAGAAGCAACAAAAAUCAACCUGUCACUUUCAGCUCUUAGCAACGUCAUCUCUGCCCUGGUGGAUGUUAAAACAACACACGUUCCCUACAGGGACUCCAAACUCACUCGUCUCUUGCAAGACUCGCUAGGAGGAAACAGCAAAACAGUGAUGGUGGCUAAUAUUGGGCCUGCUGGCUACAACUAUGAUGAAACCUUGACCACUCUGAGGUAUGCCAGUCGUGCAAAGAACAUAAAGAAUAAGCCCAGAAUCAAUGAAGAUCCAAAAGACGCCUUGCUUCGUGAAUUUCAAGAGGAAAUUAACAGGUUGAAGAACCAGUUGGCUGAACGGGGUGGCCCCAAAAAGAAAAAGAAGAGAAGAUCAAGGAGAACAAGAGAUGGACAGAUUAUAGAAGAUGAUGAAGAUGAUGAUGAAGGGGAUGAAGAAGAUGAGGGAUUGUUCAUGCAAGAACAGAUGACUAGGCUGGAAGAACAGAAGAAGGCUAUCCUCAAUAACCAGUCACUCAUUGCUGAGGAAAAGGAGCAACUCCUUGGAGAACUCCAAGAGAAAGAAUCCCGGCUGGCCAAAGAAAAGGAACAAAGAGACCAGCUGGCCAUGAAAAUAAAGGCUAUGGAAAGCAAACUCCUGAUGGGUGGCAAGAACAUUGUGGACCACACCAAUGAGCAGCAGCGAGCUCUGGAGCAGAAACGACAGGAACUUCUAGAGCAGGCUCGCAAAGAGCGUGAAAUUCAGCAGAAGCUGGAAGAGAAGGAAGAGUCGGCUGUGGAGAUAAAAGAAACCUACAACUCUCUGCAACAGGAGGUGGAAGUCAAGACAAAGAAACUCAAGAAGCUGUUUGGUAAGCUGCAAGCAACAAAGGCUGAGAUCCAGGACCUGCAGGAGGAGCACACUAAGGAGCGGCAGGAGCUGGAACAGACGCUGAUGGAGCUGACAAGAGAACUUAAGCUCAAGUAUCUUAUAAUUGAGAACUUCAUACCCCCCGAAGAGAAGACCAAACUGAUGAACCGCGCUGUGUAUGAUGAAGAUGCUGACACCUGGAUGCUGCGCCCACUAGCCAACAAAAACACUCAAACAAUGGCCAAACGACCUGUCUCAGCACUGGGAAACAAACGUCCUGUCUCAGAGUUUGCUCGAAAAGUUGGUGCUAUGGGAGGCAACCCUCGGUUUAAGGGAGAAAACAUUCUGUGUGUGGAGCUGGACAUGCCUAAUCGUACAACCAGGGACUAUGAGGGGCCUACCGUAGCCCCUAGGGUCCAGGCAGCCUUGGAUGCAGCUCUUCAAGAUGAAGAUGACAUUGACAUUGAUGGGGGAGCUGCUGUAAUCAUGGGCAAAGCCAAAGCCAAGAAGAAGGCUGCAAGACCCAAAACAGCCAGCAAGAGAGUGGAGGACCAAAAAUAUCCAACUUCGCGUGGACUGGUUCCAAAGUAGCCAUUGUCAUCCAUCUAUCAACACUGGGAGAAAAUUUUGUGUUUUUCUCCAUUUGCUGCUGCUCUCUAUUAAACACUUUUUCUUGAAGGUACACUUUCUCUUAUUAUCAGGCUUGCUGGAAUCAGACGAUCUCUUUAUCAGGAGAUACUUUAAUUAUAGCUUUUCAGCUACCUUGCUCCUUAUUUUUAAACAAGGAUUGUUGCUGUGUACUUGCCGAUUCCACUUUUAGUCACAAAAAAACAAACAAACUGAUGCUGAAGUUGCUGAUGCUUGUAGCUGAUGUGUUUGUACAGGUUUGAAGGUGUAGUGUUGUGGGGGUGGGGGAUUUAUAGUUGUGACUGACUUUUUGUAGAUUGCAUAAAUAUUGCCUUUUCAACCUGUGAAGUUAUAAACCAGCUGCAUAUUUUUAUUUCUAUUUUGUAUCUUAAAACUAAUUCUGAUCUUGCUUUUAAAAGUGUACUUUGAAAUAUUUUAUUGUUUUUGAUGGAAUAAAAUACUAUAUGGAGAAAUGGGAAAAAAAAGUUUUUCAAGAAUGUGGAAGAUUUAUGAGAGCUAAGCAUAUUUUUAUUUAUGCCAUUCUUACAAGAAAUAAAAUGUUGCUGAGAUUUUAGGA